CAUCUAGAUACGGAAUUCGAGCGACUCCAGUGGCCAUCAAAUCAACGACAUGUUGAACCAAGCAGUACAGGAGAUCUCUAAACACCAGAGACAGGACUCCAUAUUCCACGGUCCUUCAGAUCCGCCUCUGAUAGCACUAUCGCUAGGAGAGUUCCUCGACUUACAAUGUUCGAAGUAUGGAGAUCGAGAGGCAGUGGUGACACCAUGGAGUUCCGAGAGAUGGACAUACUACGACCUGAAGGACCAUAGUUCCCAACUCGCGAGAUAUCUGCAUGCCAGAGGAAUUCAACCAGGAGACCGAGUCGCAAUUUUGGCCGGAAAUCGUGCUGAGUAUGCAUCUGUCUUUUUUGCGUGCAUGCGUAUAGGGGCAAUUCUCGUCAUUCUGAACAACACCUACACGACUGCGGAAGCCGAGUAUGCCAUGCAGUAUACAGAAUCCAAGAUAUUGUUUGCAACGCCCUUCAUUGGACGUCAAGACAACCGGUCAAUGCUUAAGCAAUUCAGAGACAACACAGUAUCUCUACCUGCCCUGCAGCAAGUCAUCACUUUGGACGGCGCCUUUGAAGACUUCUUGGACUACCAGCAUGCCAUACGAGUCGGUGCUAGGCUUCCAGAAGAUCCCGUGAAGGUGAUCCAAGGUAGCAUCAGUCCCUAUGAGACUUGCAACUUGCAGUUCACAAGCGGGUCGACCGGUCAUCCGAAAGCAGCAAUGCUGACGCACUUUGGUCUGCUCAACAACUCGCGAUUCAUCGGAGAUCGCAUGAGUCUGACGCACGAAGAUGUCCUCUGCUGCCCUCCGCCGAUGUUCCACUGCUUCGGUCUAGUCUUGGGUUUGCUCGCCUGCAUAACACAUGGCGCCAAGAUUGUGUAUCCGUCCGAGAUCUUUGAUGGUCCCUCUGUAUUGGAGGCCAUUACCACGGAGAAGGCGACUGCGCUGCAUGGGGUUCCUGCCAUGUUCGACACACUAUUCAGUCUUCCGAGACCCGCGAACUUCGACUGCAGUCGUCUGAGAACCGGGAUUAUUGCUGGUGCUCCAGUGCCCCGCCAUCUUAUGGAGCUGCUCGUCAAUGACUUUGGCAUGACUGAGUUCACGAGCAGCUAUGGCCUGACUGAGGCGUCGCCAACUUGCUUCAAUGCGUUCGUGGACGACAGUAUCGAUCGGCGCUUGACGACCGUUGGCACUUUGAUGCCACAUGCGCAUGCAAAGAUCGUCGACAGAGAUGGCAACAUCGUCCCUGUGGGUGUGCGUGGCGAGCUGUGCAUGGCCGGCUAUCAGCUGCAACAAAGUUAUUGGAAGAACCCAGAAAAGACCGCAGAGGUCAUGACCCGCGACGAAGACGGUGUUCUAUGGCUGCAUACGGGCGAUGAAGCAGUCUUUGACCAGUAUGGGUAUUGCUCCAUCACCGGGAGAUUCAAGGACAUCAUCAUCCGAGGUGGCGAAAACAUCUAUCCAUUGGAGAUCGAGGAGCGACUAGUACAGCACCCGGCAAUUGACAGAGCCAUUGUCGUAGGACUACCGCAUCCGCGAUAUCAAGAAGUUCCUGCCGCAUUCCUCCAACGAGCCGCCGAAGCUCAAAGGCCUUCGGACGAGGAGGUUCGGAAGUGGACCAGGACAAAUCUGGGCCGCCACAAAGCUCCCGCUCAUAUUUUCUGGCUAGGUGAAGAUGGCGUGACUUCUGAUAUACCGGUGACCGGCAGUGGGAAGAUCAAAAAGUUCGAGAUGCGUAAGAUUGGGCAGGAGCUGCUGCUGCGCACCGGUGGCAGCGAGGAAGUGCCUAGGGCUCGACUAUGAGGUAUCUUAAUGAUCUGCGGAGGAGUUAUGGGCGCUGCGGUAUAUAGUCCUGGAGUUGGAGUGAUGAAAUGUUAAUGAAUGUUCGAC